AUGCGAACUGGACUCCAGAGGAAGAUAUUGCUCAGUUCAACGCUUCAGGGCGGUAAUGUGCGUCCUUCGGUUCCUCCUUUACAUAAGGUCCCGUUUUGGAUUAGGGUUUAUGAUUUACCUUUGCGAGGUCGGAAUAAUGAAAAUAAUGCGAAGGCAAUUGGUAACAAGCUAGGAGAGUUCGUUAGCAUGGACAAAUCGGAUAGUGUGGGGAUUAACAAAUCGCUCCGAAUAAGGGUGCUUAUUGAUGCCUGUAAAACCUUACCAUGCAUGGUGAACCUAAAACAGAGGGGAGGCGUGGUGGAAAAGCUCUCGAUCAAACUUGUGAAGUUACCAGUGUUUUGUUACGUAUGUGACAAGUUGGGACAUGGCGAGAAGGAUUGUGAUGCGAAUACAGGGGACGAUGAGGCUGAGCGACAAUACAGUGACAAAUUGAGAGCUUCUCCACGGAAGAUAAACAAAGGGGAGGUUGGGAAACCUAGUAAAGGCUCAUGUGCUCGAGCCCUGUUUGUGACAAGGAAGAAACCUGCCCCUACCGUGGAAGAAGUGAAAGUAAUACAGGAGGUAGAUGAAAAAUUACAGUUUGUGUCCCUUGACUUAGUUAGUGGGACUGAGAAGGCUAGAAGGGACUCGAAUGAAGAUGGUUUGUUUUAA